CUAGAAUACUGUGGUGAAAUCACAUGACCAUUAGGUAACUACAGGUAGAAAAGGAAGUUUAACAGAAACAAAUAAUUUUAAGGAGACAUAUUUUAUGUAAUACUGAUUCCAGAAAAGUCCAAAAAUGGACCCCCGCACCAGUGCCCAAGAUGUGAUGCGAUGUGACCUUUGUGAGACUGCUAUAGUACAGAUGCACUGUGAUACAUGCCUUGUUAAUCUGUGUAAGGCCUGUGUAGGAGACCACAUUUCUGAUGAAUCCAAAGAUCACAAAGUCGUCAAAUUUCAGUCCAGGAAAUCUACGCUCCUCCACCCUCCAUGUACAUUACAUGACAACAAACGCUGUGAAAUGUUCUGUGAACAAUGCAACAUUCCAAUAUGUAGUGCCUGCAUUGUCUCUAAAAAUCAUUCUGGUCAUAACAUUCUAGAAAUAAUUGAAAUUUACAAUACAAAGAAAAUGGAGAUUGAAAGUAAAAAUGAAGAAAUGAGAAAGAGCAUCUAUCCAACCUACCAAGACAUUGCCUCAGAUGUGGAGAAGAGAAUAAGCCAGUUAGAUAAGGGAUAUGAAGGUAUCUUAACAGCAAUUACAAAUCAUGGAGAGGAAUGGCACAGACAAAUUGAUAAACUUGUCAAGAAACUUAAAGAAAAAGUAGACAAAAUGAAAAUUAGACACAACUCUGCUUUAGAGAAACACAGAGCUGAAAUAAAUCAGAGAAUUUCAGACAUUGAUGAUGAAAUCAGAAAAUUGGCCAAGCUUCUGGAGUCAAAUGAUAUCUCUCUGUUUACUCAUCAUGAAAACACAAUUACAAAAUUUAGGAAACUUCUGCCGAAAGUUGAUGCAUCUUUUCCAGUUUUUACUCCCAUGAAAUUUCAGGAAGAGCAGUUCCAUAAACUUUUUGGGAAACUCUCCACUCUAUCUCUUACUUCAGAAGAAAAUGGCUACAACAGCAAGCUAAAGCAGAUAUCACCAGAAGCUGGAUCCUCCCCUCCAGUUAAGAAGUUACUUAAUGAACCUGAGACUGACACCACCAUAGACACUAAGUUUGGAUAUCUGUACAAUGUGGCCUGUCUGAGUGAUGAACAAAUCUGGACAGCGGGCAAUAACAGCAGCAUGAAACUCUUCAGCAUCAAUGAAGGUACACUGCUUCAAACAAUUAACACUGAAUCAUGGAGGAGUCCUGAUGCUAUAGCAGUGACAAAAAUUGGGGAACUAGUUUAUUCUGAUGAAUAUGAAGCCUCUGUGAACAUUGUGAAGAAUAGAAAGAUAGAGACUGUGAUCCAACUACAGAACUCGAAACCUAAAGGUGUCUGCAUCACCUCCUCUGGUGAUCUUCUGGAUAUCAUAUGUAGUAUUGGUUAUAACUCGAAAGUUGUCCGUUACUCAGGCUUAACAGAGAAACAAAUCAUUCAGUGGGAUGAUGAAGGUCAACCUCUCUAUUCAUAUUCAUCUGGUUCUAAAUACAUCAGUGAGAACAAGAACCUUGAUAUUUGUGUUUCUGACUGGAAUGCUACAGCAGUAAUCGUGGUUAAUCAUGCUGAAAAGUUAAGGUUUAGAUAUACUGGCAAUACUUCAGCUCAAAAUCAAAGAAAAUUCAGUCCCUAUGGAAUCACCACAGACAGUCAGAGUCACAUCCUCACUGCUGAUUAUGACAAUAACUGUGUUCACAUCAUAGACCAAGACGGACAGUUUAUCAGUUACAUAUACUGUGGUUUAAGUCAACCCAUUGGAGUGUGCAUUGAUAAAAAUGAUAACUUAUUUGUUGCUCUGCGUGGAAAUAGUAAAGUAAAGAAAAUUAAAUAUCUACAUUAAAAUCAAUUAAGAGCACUUUGUAGACAUUACAGGCAUACAAAUAUUGAACAUUUUUUUUCAUUUUAUA